AGGUCUAUGUCUGCUGGUUAAAACACGGAAGUAGGAAAAGAGACGCUGAACCUGUCACCCCUCCAGUCAGACCAGACCCGUCAGCACUCCGAGGAAAACCCAGAACCGGACCAGAACACAAACCCGGACCAGAACAGAAACCCGGACCCAGAACUGAAACCCAGACCAGAACAGAAACCCAGAACCGGACCGGAUCUCCUGUCAAACUCCGAACCAUGAAGUCCGCUCUGCUGCUGCUGCUGGUCUUGGUUCUGGUCCUCAGUCCGGUCUCAGGUGAGUCAGAAAAAAACAGAAUUUACCGGAGAGAUUCAGUCGAUUAACCGACCAACAGAUUAACCGACUAAAGUACGAGGGUCAAACUGUGGGAGUAAAAAAACAAAGACCUGAUAAUAAAACUACAGAGAGGAGCUUUAAAGUCUUUAAUUAAAAAAGUUUUUAAUAAAGUUUAAAAUCAUUAAAAAGAUCUUUGAUAUAAUUAUUAAAAUCAGAGGAAAAACUUAUUUUUUCAUGAUCAUUAAAAUGUCAGUUUGAUAAAAACUCAAAUCAGUUUAUUUUUGUAAAUAAACUUGUUAAAUGUUCAGACUGAUUCUGGUGAAAUCUCAUUUAUUCAGACAGAAAAUAAUUGAACAGAAAGUUUUUUUAAUGAGUUUAAAAAAGAUCUUUUUCUUAAAUUCACUGAAACAGAAACAACCUGAGAGUAAAACAGGAAACGGAGCGAGAGUUUGAGGACGGAGAGACGGAUCUGUGAACAAAGAGCUGUUUAAGAUCCUGAUGAAGAGAGUUUACACAGACCAGUGUGGAACAGAACAAACAGUCUAAAUACAGUUUUAAAGACGCUGAAAAGGUUUGUUUGUCUUCAGAGGAAAGUUCAUAUCAUAAAAAGUAAAGAUCAAUAAUCACCUGUUGGUGUCUGUAAUGAUAAAGAUCAAUAAUCACUUCUGAUCACGUCAGUCUGAACUAAAACUGUUCAAACUUGCUGACUGUAGCUUUAAGGGCCUGUUUUAGAGUCUCCAGGUGUUCCUAAUGUUUUGGCCUGUUAGUAUUAAAGUGAAUGUAAACGACAGGUGAGGCUGAACGAUCACCAAUAGAGUAUUGAUGAGUCUGUUUUUAGUAUUGAUGAGGAUGGACGACGGCGUGGAAAAGGUCGUUAUGACCUCGCCAUGCUCUUCAGGAUCAUGUUUUCUGUGACCCCCCCCACAUCCUCACCAUCCCUGUACUCUACCGCUCUCUGAAAUACUUACUGUCUUACUCUCUACAGUGAAACUGAGACCCCAGAACCAGGAAGGAUUUCUCAUCGACACCAACUGAUACACAGUCAGGAGUUCACAGAUGGGCUUUUAUUUUGAAAUGUGCGGUCUUCCUGUUUGACUUCCUGUCUAGAACGACCUUCUCUGUGUGAAUUGACCAUAGACUGUAUAUAGAAUGGACGCCUCCACUCUGAGAACAGCGCCCUCUGGUGACGGGCUGCAGUAUAGGUCCUAAACCCCGCCUCCUUAUGGAGCUGUGGACAAACUUUCUAAAUGAAUGACACAGAAUAUAAAUGUUUCUCCCCCCUGGUUGUGAUGUUGACAUGUAGUUACUGUCAGACUGGUUUGUGCUCAAGUCCUCUUUUUUCUGUACAGCUCCAUUUUUAAAAGUUAUUAGGGGGUUCAUGUUUUCGAUGAUUGACACCUGAUACAGCCAAUGGGAGGACAGGGAUUGAGUAGAUCACCGGGGGAUACGCUGUUUGAGCCGAGCGCCAUCACAGCGACACUCUGCGACUGCGCGGCCGAAUGCGAACAACGCUACUGCGCAGCGCUGGUUUCAGGAACUUUUCGGCUUCAAAUCCGUAAACAGGCGGGAGGCGGAGCCAAGUUAGGGUUAGUUUAUACAGUCUGUGGGAUUGACUCGUGGUGGAAGCGUAGAGCAGCAAAAAUCGACUUGGCGCUGCGUAUCUUUAGCAGAGCUGCAGCUGAUAAUCGUCCUUCAACGCUUUGAUUGAUUAGAUUGGAAACUUAUUUGAUUGAUUAUUUGCCGCCGUUAUGCUCCAAAUAUGCCGAUCCUGGAGGUUUUAACCUUUAGAGUGACCACGGACCAACACCCACCUAAACCUCUGAUGACUCACCUCUGGACCAGGGGAGACUUGGAGACACCCCCCACACACACACACGCACACACACGCUCAGACUAAUGUCCCCGUGUCGUCUCUGUUUGUCCCCUCCUGUUACCUGCUGAUGACCUUUACCUGUCCACCAUUUUCCUUUUCAGGACUUCCUGUAGAACCAGCGGCGCUCCAGCAAGACCAGCCAGGUCCUGGACCCAACCCUGACCCGGGUCAACAAAAACCUGUCCACGGUCCCCCAGCAGGAUCCAGGACAGCUGAAAAUGGGGGGGCAAACUCACCUCAAUCGACGGGACAGAAAGACACGACAGAGACAAAGACGAGGACAGACAGCGCGGAGUCUGGGACAGCGGACACCGAGAGCCGACAAACCCCAAAGACGGUGACUGUAGCUAAGAAAGGGGCGGGGACAACAGAGGACGCCAAAAAGAAGGAAGAGACAACAGCAGAGGACAUCAAGAAGGAGACAACAGAGGACAUUAAGAAGAAGAAGGAGGAGACAUCAGAGGACACAAAGAAGGAGAAGACAACGGCAGAGGACACCAAGAAGGAGAAGACGACGGCAGAGGACACAAAGAUGGAGAAGACGACAGCAAAGGACACAAAGAAGGAGGAGGAGACAUCAGAGGACACAGAGAAGGAGAAGGAGACAUUAGAGGACACAAAGAUGGAGAAGGAGACAUCAGAGGACACAAAGAAGGAGAAGGAGACAACAGAGGACACAAAGAAGGAGAAGGAGACAUUAGAGGACACAAAGAAGGAGAAGGAGACAACAGAGGACACAAAGAAGGAGACAUCAGAGGACACAAAGAAGGAGAAGGAGACAGCAGAGGACACAAAGAAGGAGAAGGAGACAGCAGAGGACACAAAGAAGGAGACAUUAGAGGACACAAAGAUGGAGAAGGAGACAGCAGAGGACGCUGAGAAGGACAGGAAUGAAGAAAAAGACCUGAAGAAGAAGACGGAGGAGGAGCAGGACGAAAUCAGGAGACCAGGACAGGUGCAGCCAGGUGUGAGGGAGGAGCCAGAGAGCAGUCACUUCUUCGCCUACCUGGUGACGGCGGCGGUGAUGGUGGCGGCGCUCUACAUCACCUACCACAACAAGAGAAAGGUACGCCUGUCCAAGACCCAGUCUGGGGUCUGACCCGUCUCAGAGUUAGUCCACGGUCUGAAUCGUUUGAAGACUCUCCUCUUUCUUCUCUUCCAGAUCAUCGCCUUCCUCCUGGAGGGGAAAAGGUCACGAUCAGCGCGGCGUCCGAAAUCCUCCGACUACCAGAAACUGGAGCAGCAGGUGAGUCUCUGAGACCAAAACCAACGAGAAGAAGUUCAAACCAGUUUCAAUUUGUGAUUUUUCUUCUUCUGUCAAAGUGAUUCAGCAGCUGAACGUCAGGAGGAGGUCUGAGGAGGUCUGAGGAGGUCUGAGGGGGACUGAGGAGGUCUGAGGAGGUCUGAGGAGGUCUGAGGAGGUCUGACGAGGUCUGAGGAGGUCUGUGGAGGUCUGUGGAGGACUGAGGAGGACUGAGGAGGUCUGAGGAGGACUGAGGAGGACUGAGGAGGUCUUAGGAGGUCUGUGGAGACCGUGGUUCUUGUUCCUGUUGGUUGAAGUUUGUCUUCCUGUUUUUAAGCAGAUGAUCCUGUUGCCUUAUUGAUCGACUUUUUGACGCCGUGACGUCGAUCAGCUGUUUGCACUUCAGUCUGUCAGACUUUAAAGAGAUUUAGUCAUGUGACCUGAAGGUUCGGAAGGAGAGAAGAAGAAGAAAAAGAGAAAAAAAUGAUGUUUUAUUCAGAACAUCAGGAAUAACAGGUGAACAGCUGUAAUAACACCUGUUAUUACAGCUGUUAUUACUGUAAUAACAGGUGUUAUUACAGUAAUAACAGCUGUUCACCUGUUAUUACUCUUGAAAAGCCGCGUGUGUGUGUGUGUGUGUGUGUGUGUGUGUGUGUGUGUGUGUGUGUGUGUGGACUUGUUUAGGUCGUCUUGCUGUAAUCUGUUUGGGUUCUGUUUGGGUUCUGGUCCGUUUGGCGGUCUUGCUCCUGGUUUCGUGUUUUUUUUUUUUUGGCGUUUUGAAUGUAAACAAACUUUAACUUCCUGUUGAUGCUCGCUCAGUGUGAACUUUGACCUCUCCCAGUUCAUCAGAGGUUUUUUCUCCAUCAGAAGGACGGGCUCGGCGAAGUUCUGGAGAAAGAGCGGGUCAGACUUAUCUGAAGUGAACCGGGUCAGAGGUCAGCGCUGACCUGCUGCCGUUUAAAGGCGUUUGACCACUUCAGAGCGUUCUCGCCAAGUUCACUGAUGAGCAGACGGCCGGUUUCUCAUCGACUCUGACGGCGAAUAAAGUCAAAGUUAAUCGAGUUUAAUAAUCAUUAUUAUUAUUGAUCAUUAAAUUAUCAGUCUGAGGAGAUUUGAAUUCAUCUGUCUGAGCUGUUCAUCCUCAUUCAUCCUCUUCCCCUUCACCCAGUUUAAACCUGUGUUCACCCUCUCACUCGCCUCUUUGUUCACCCUCUCACUCACCCUCUCACCCAGGAGAGAUCAGGGAUGAUUUUUGUGCCAAACUCUCUUCACUCUGAAGUUUUUUUUGUUGUUUCUGAUUUUAUUUUUGUAAAUGUGUAAAAAAAAAACCCUAAUAUUCAGAUUUAUGAACGAGUGAACUUCAUCCUCACAGAUUCAUGUUCAUCCUCCUCUUCACCACAAUCAGCAUGAAAGCAUGUUUUCAAAUCUUUAACAAGGCUGCUUCUUUUUGGACCUUUAUUUUGAAAGGCUAUCCUUUAGGUGUGUUUGCUGAUCCAGUCCAGGAUUGAUAAUUUCAAAAUAAAAGCUUUUGUAUCUCA